AGCAAUAUAGGAUUGUCUGUCCUUUGCUUUGUUCAUAUCGUUUUAACUGCCGCAGGACAUCAUCGCUUUGCAUCGCAACAAACAAGGACAAGAGUGGAUUUAGUAGCGGUGUGCUGUCCAAGAAAGGAAGCAGUUCGAUCUGGUUUGUUCGGCCGAUAGAAUUCGUGAAUUUUUUGAACUGGAUUUUACAUUUGAUGCAGGAUGCGAUCCUGACCAAAACUGGAUUCGCGGUCAGUGUGAUAUUCUAAAGGUGUUGGAAAUGUGAAUGCAACACUCCAUGUACGAGAAGAAAAGUGUCGUGUCGGUGAAAAUUGCAACAAAGAAGAACAAGAGGUCGAAUUUGUUGGGGUGAAAAUUUGGACGGAACGAAUUUUCUGUGUCAGUGUGUUACGUACUCGAAUCCGAGUUCAGACCGUGUGCUUCAAAAUUUUGGUGGUCUGCAGAAGCUCCUGCAAACGAAGGCCAACUAUUUUUCUACAUAAUGAUGCAAAAAUGUCAAUUAUAAUAGCAAUUGUACUGAUGGGAUUCAUUGAGGCAGGCCGAUCCCAGUAUCUGACCAACACCGUACACAAGACCCCGGCAGCGUCCGAGAAGGUGAAUGAUCUGUCCUGCUACUCCUGCAAUGCCACCGAAGACGGCGAGUCCUGCAUCGACCUGACCGGAAAUAAUGCUUCCUUCAUCAAGAAGUGCUUCUCGGACGAGUACAUCUGCAUGGUAAAACAAUUCUCCUACACGGUCCACACCAGCAACUCGAACGUCUCCGAACCGAAACUGUGGUCCCUGGAGCGGAAAUGCAUAAGCACGUGCGAGCCGGGAUGCAUCAUCAUUGGCGAGCGUACGAAGCUGUAUGCCUGCACAAGCUGCUGCACCGCUUCCCUGUGCAACUCUGGCAAGGCCCAUUCGACCCGGGCUUUUGCUCACACCGUCUGCGCUGGCUGGACACUGGCCACCGUAGCGAUGGUAGCGAGAAUUUUCCAACAACUUCUACUACUUUCCCGAUAGAGGCGCACCAAAUUCGCCCCGAACAGAUGUAUGCAUUUUAUUCCAACCAUUGAAACCAAUGUUGCCAAAAUGAAUCGCCAAACUAGAGUUCGCCAUGAAGAUCGUUUCAAUUUACCUACUCUGA